ACUCGGAGUGCGAAUAGGGGCAGUCGACGUGGGCGGGUGUGUGCGAGUGUGAGAGCGCACUACGACACUACGACCACGUCCAAUGUGUGCGCCGUGUAGGCUGUGUAAAUGGUGUAAAUACGUGUCUGCAUCGUCUGCAUAUACUACCAGCGCUGGGUAAGCUAGUAGCCACCUCAAGAAUGCGCCUCUUACUCUUCGUCGUAGUUUUCAUCGCCCUCUUCCUGUCAUCCCUGCUAGUGUCGGUGGUCGUGAACCAUGCGCAGCCGGCGCCGUACAUGGACGAGAUCUUCCACGUUCCACAAGCCCAAAGCUACUGCUCGUACAACUUCACGUACUGGGACCCGAAAAUCACGACCCCUCCGGGACUCUACCUCACGUCGCUUUGUUUCGGGCUGGCCGCGAAGCUGCUCGUUGCUGCGGACCUCUGCACGCCGUUCUACCUGCGGUGCACCAACAUCUUGCUUAUGCUGGGCAACUUUUGUGCUUCGAGCGCGAUCAUGAUACGGCUGGCCGGAGCCUGCGACGGAAGCACGCGUGCCAAAUUGAUCCUGGCCAGCGCUGCGACCACCCUGCUGCCAGUCCUCCACUUUUUUACGUUCUUGUUCUACACGGACCCCGGUACAGUCCUUUUCCUGCAGCUGAUGUAUCUCUACUCUCUUUUCGAGCACCACUGGCUCGCGGCGACGUUUGGCGCCGUCGCGGUCUUGUAUCGGCAGACGUCCAUCGUUUGGGUUUUCAUGGUCGCCGCCUGCAAGGUGAUGGCUGUCGCCGACGACCGCUGGCCGGUCGAUAAAUGGCUGAAGCUCGAAAACAUUUCGUGUACCGUCGCCCAGUUGGCGUCGGAUCCGCACAAGCGAGUUCGUGAGGCUUUCGACUUCGUCAGAGACGUCCUCAGGGAUUGCGUGGGGUAUGUGAUCGUCGGAGCCGCUUUCGUCGCUUUCUUGGUUUACAACGGCGGCAUCGUGUUGGGCGACAAGUCGGCCCAUCAAGCCUGCUUCCAUGUACCCCAACUUGGUUAUUUCCUGCUCUUCUCGGCGUUCAGUGGAGCCCCUUUCUUCCUCCAGCCGAACAUACUGAGCGACUUCUGUUGUAGUCUGAGACGACGAGCGUACCUCUAUGCCAUUCUCGUUCUAGCGUCUGUGCUCACGGUACAAAACUUUAGUCACAUCCACCCGUACCUGCUGGCCGACAACCGUCACCUAACAUUCUAUCUGUGGAGGAAAGUGCUGGGGAGGAGCGAACUGAUCAGGUUCUGUCUCGUGCCGAUUUGCAUCUAUGCCGGCUACGCCAUGCUUCAUCAGCUCCGGCACACCAGCAGGACUUGGCGCCUCUUCUUCUUGGUCGGCGUGUUUGCGUCCGUCGUGCCACAGAAGCUGCUGGAGUUCCGCUACUUUAUCUUCCCAUACUUGUUCUUUAGGUUGCAUCUCAAGGGCGUCACCUAUCGACAGAUCUUCCUGGAACUGAUGUUGCAUGUUACGGUCAAUGUGGCAGUGAUGCACUUGUUCCUGAACAAAACCUUCAUGUGGGAGAGCGAUCCAUCUUCGGUGCAGAGGUUCAUGUGGUGAUGUAAACGUUUACUAAUAACAAAGGGUUGUUGUGUGGCCGGGUAGCUUGGAUACACCAAAGUUUGUUUGGUCUGACAUGUGGGAAAACUCAAGUGAUGGGAAAGAAGGAACGAGAAAACUACAGCAGUCCAGGAAAUGACAUUGUCUUGUUUCCCUCUUUGUGCUAUAUAAUGGCAAGCUUGCCAUCACUCCCAUUCAUUCUUUGGGUGCUUGAUUAUAAUAAUGUUGUGUUUGUACUUGGAAGUGCAAGAGUAGUUGGGACUGCCGGAAGGAGCACCUUCUGUGAUAAUUUACAUACCCUAAAAUGCCAAGCAUGCACCCAUGGCACAAUAAGUUCCCACCCGCUAUUUUCAAAAUGUUUAAAAACUGAAAAAAGAAGGUAUCAAGUGCUCACCCCAGAUUUCUGAGCACGCUUAGCUCACAGAGAUACUCCCCUUCCUCAGCUGCUUCCCCAAGCACCCCGGUGCAAAGUGGUGAAGCCCACCUUACCACAUGCCAUUUUGCAUUCUUGCUGUCUGGCCUAUCAAGUGCCCAUCCCCCAGUUUUUUGGGGAUUAUCUCCAAAUCUUGACUGUGCUCUUGGUUGGUAUUUUGGGGUAUGUCAAAUGUCAUUUUUGAGUGAUAUGAAAAAUGUUGCCAAAGAAGUUGAUACCGUCACAACUAUGAAAUGUUGAUACUUUAAUGGUGCAACAAAUCCUGCAUAUGUGCAAUGGAUGUUAAAAUACUGGAAUGCAACAGUUAUCACAAAAGUAGUCUCUUAUUGUGGAUUUCCGUAUGGACAUCUGCAAAGACAUACCACCGGAGACUGGGCGUAGUGUGCGUAUGCUAAAAUGUCGGCAAAAUGUGCAGACAAGGAGUGUCGCACAUUGCCAAGCUCAGGUCUGGCCAAUUUUAUACUGAGAAGACAAGUGUGUGAAAGCUUGUUGCUCUGGCAGGCUCUAAGAUGUGAUAUGCUAGCCUUACUCUGCAAUGAAUAGUUCAAAACGCUGACAGGAUGGUAUUUGUGCUGGUGAAGGAGUACUCAAGUGUGCUUGCACUGCUCUACGAGGAGCGCACACACUCAAUGCAAAUGGAGGGGGCAUGUUGAAACAAAGCUAUAUCCUGAUGAAGUGGACAAAUUUUUAAAAUGAAAGCUUUCAUAACUGGAGCAAAAUCAUUCACUUUGUGAGGUGGAUGUCUAAAAUGAAACCGAGAGCAAAAAUAUUUUCAGCCAGAACCACAGAAAAGUUAAUGCCAGUGAGACAUGGCUGCCCUCCUAAUCAAACAAAUUAUGGUUUCAUGUAUGUUUCUAUGCUCCAAGUAUAUUAUAAUUUUUUUGGUGAGUGGGGGGGAAGUGGGUCUUUCCUUCAAUUUACCUGCCUGCAACUUAAACUGAAUAGAGUGCAUACAUCAUUUACCAAAGACCUCACUGCUUACAAAGAAGUUUUGUUCACUCAAAAAUAUGAAAGAGUUGGACAAAGAGGACGGACAGAACAAACAUCUUGUGUUUGUCUUGUCCGUCCUCUUUGUCUAACUCUUUUGUAUUUUUGAAUCUAUUACCAACGCACCCAAAAGUUUUGUUCACUAUAGUCCAAAAUGAGCAUUUGCAGGACACACUGAUCUUUUUGUCAUUUCUGAGAUCGGAGUAAACUUGAAAUAAAACAAAAAAACUUGCAAGUUGAUGA